UUAUCUUGGCAAUCGUGGUUUUCACGCCGACAGGGUUCUUGUUCAAUAUUGCAAGAAGAACUCCGAGGCAUAGAAUCUCAACGCGGUUGUCUGACGCUUGCUUCAGGCGUUCGAGCGUUGGGAAGUCGCCGCUUGGCAGAAGUGCUAGACACCAUGCAGAAUUUCCAAUGUAACGACGUUCGAGACCGGCUGUUCGGUACCAUGGCUCUGGUAGAUUGGGGAGGCGGCAAACCCCCUGUACCUGACUACAGGAAGUCUAAUUGGCAAGUCGCUAUUGAGGUCUUACGCCUAUAUCUCGAUAACUCGGAGACUGCGCCAUUACAUGAAGCGCCUAUUGAAUGGCCUCGUCAGCUGUCGAAAAUCUUCAAUGUCACGUAUGGGGCGCCAGCAAUACUAGACUCGAUAGCUGAGCGAUAUCACCCGAUUGAUGUACCUUGGCGCUUCCUGUACACACAAGAACCAUACAAACACAAGCGCUACAUGGACCUCUUCGACGGACGUGAUGUACGACUUAGAUGCGAAGCCUAUAGGGCGCGCCUUCAAAGUCUAUCAACAGUCAACCUGAACUUUGAAGACGAUUCGAGAGACACGUGGCGUGGUGUCAAAUUACGUGACGUCAUGAGUAUGGAUGAUGAGAAUCCAGAAGCAGGCGACUCACACAUGCGCUACCUGUAUUGUGCAGCAAAUGACCCAAGCCCCGAUUUUGAUCGUCAAAUGGUAGAGAUAUUGGAUCAUAUGCACCAUGUUUUCGGAUAUGCGCCGCCAGGAACCAGACCGCAUGACUGGCUUCUAACCUGUAACGGUACACUCUUGUGCGAUGGAAACCCACCGAUGGUAGUAGUUACAAACGCACAUGGAUAUGGUGGCAUAUACGCCAUGAUCGGUCAAGCUUCCAAGGUCCGUGGAUACAAGGAUGACAUUUCCCCUCUCCUUGACUGGACGAACUUUGAUUCGCAUUGGCAGGCGGAGGACUUGUUUCACUUUGAGUACAUGUACGGGGAACAACCGGUACUCACGCUACGAGCAAAGGUCUUCGGUACUCAGGAUCGAGUUGGACGCCCCGCACACGGGUUCAAGACACUCUUCUACAAACCAAAGCGGUCUGCGUCUAACCUCGAUCCCGACCAUGGAGGCUUCGCACCCGACUAGAACCACAGAAGGAUUCCUGUAACCAUCUUUGAUCUGGA